AACACAUGUGUUCUGUGUAUCAGGAAUGCAUUUAUUGACAGUUUACCCAACCCACUGAGGAUUUGAGGAAAAAAAUAUUUUUUCACAAUUUUCUGAUAAAAAUAAAGGGUGCAUACACUAAAAUGGCCACAAAAUUUUUUCGCGAUAUUUCCGGCAGAGCAGACCCUCCAAUUAUUGGUUCUUGGGGUCAAAGUUAACAGAAAAAAACACACAUAAAAAGUAUGGCAGACCAUGUCAGGUUCAACCCAUUUUUGAGACUUUGGCUCCCCGACUAUGUCUGCAGCCACGUAUUUUACCGGAGGAUCAUUCAUCCAAGUACAAAAGAUUUGCAAGGGGAUGCAAUUACAAAUUUUUACGUACGAAACCUUCCGGAGACAUUGCAGGAGCUUCCUGGAGCCCGCCAUAAUCCACAAAUGGAAAAGUGAGCAACAAAACCUUUUCCAGAAGUUUAGACAGAGUGGAAAGAUUGGCCUCACCGGAGAUAUGCGUGCAGACUCACCCGGACAUUCAGCCAAAUAUGGUAGUUACACGUUGAUGCACACAGAGAGCAACACCAUUUUGGACACACAACUUGUUCAGAGCAAUGAAGUCGGCGGGAGUUACCAUAUGGAGAAAGAAGGUCUAAAGAGAUGUCUUGACCAUCUGGAGUCCAGUGGCUUAACAGUCGAUUACAUUGUGACUGACCGUCACCCUCAGAUACAAAAAUAUUUGAGAGAACGCAACAUAAUACAGUUGUACGAUUUGUGGCAUUUUGAAAACGGUCUGAAAAAAAAGCUUGAGCAACUUUCCAAAAACAAAGAGUGUGAAGUUUUGAAGAAGUGGCUUCGUAGCAUAAGGAACCAUGUAUACUGGAGUGCCAUAACUUCGACAACAGGACCAGAGAAAGUGGCUAAGUGGACAUCAAUUCUGAAUCACAUUCAGAAUGUGCAUGUACACGACAACCCCAUCUUCCCAAAGUGUGCCCAUCCAGACCGUGUGUCCAAGAAUCCAAAUAAAUGGUUUAAUCCAGAAUCGCUGGCACUCCACAAAGUUAAAAAGAUUCUCUGCAACAAGAGGGUCCUUAAAGAUAUGGAAAAGUUAAGUCACCACUUUCAGACAUCAUCGCUGGAGGCUUUCCACAGCUUAAUUUUAAGGUUUACACCAAAAAAUGUAGUAUUCCCUUACAUGGGAAUGUUGUGCAGAUUGUACCUUGCAGUUCUACACCAUAAUGAGAAAACUGGUCGAGAACAAGCAACAACUGCAACAGGGAAACCAGUCUACAAAGUGGUGUUUCCAAAGUCUAAAAAGGGAAAACCCAUUGCAAGGCCAUUGAAAACAGAGGCUACAAACAAUUACGUGGAUGACCUAAUGAGGCUCGUCUUUGAGGAGUUUCGUCGACCCAGCACCUUUUGUUGAGGAGCUACAGGCAAUUCCUGUUCCCAUGCCGAUUUCUGCCGAGUUCGAGAGACCCUCAAAGGAGGAAACAAU